AGAAGGAUUGGCCGGAAUGGGGACAACGGUGGAGGAUGUGGUGAUAGUGGGAGCAGGAAUAGCCGGGCUGGCGACAGCGGUGGCGUUGAAGAGAGCUGGGAUAGAAGCAUUGGUGUUGGAGAAAUCGGAAGGGCUGCGAACCACCGGUGCAGCCUUGACUCUAUUCCCAAACGCCUGGAUUGCUCUUGAUGCCUUGGGGGUUUCUCAUAAGCUUGCUUCUUAUACCCCCUCUCGCAAGAAUCAUGUAACUGAUCUUGAUACUGGAGAAGUUCAAACAGUCUCUCUCAUCAAAGCCAAUGGUGAUGCAGUUGGGCCGAGAUCAGUACACCGGAAAGCCUUGCUCGAGGCGUUGGCAGAUGAAUUACCGAUUCAUUCAAUCCGUUUCUCUUCCAAGAUCUCUGCCAUUGACACCCAGCAAUAUGAAGGUUCAUCCAUUGCCAUUGUUCACAUAGAAAAUGGAACUGUCAUCAAAGCAAAGGUUCUCAUAGGGUGUGAUGGGGUUCACUCAGUGGUGUCACGCUUGUUAGGACUCAGUGAACCAGUCCAUUCAGGUCGAUCAGCUGUUCGUGGCUUGGCUGUGUAUCCUCAAGGCCAUGGACUUGAGCAGGAGGUGCGACAGUAUGUAGGUCUAGGCAGAAGGGCUGGCUUCGUUCCCCUCACCGACAAAGAGAUCUUCUGGUUCUUCAGUGGCACAACUCCAGCUAAAGGGACCUCCCUGGCAAAAGAUCCUGAAGAGAUACAAAAAGAAAUACUCGAGAAUUAUGCCAAGGACCUCCCACCUAUAUACUUAGAUGUUGUGCAGCAUGCAGAUGUUUCGACAUUAACAUGGGCUCCGCUGAUGUUUAGGUAUCCCUGGAACGUAGUAUUUAGCAGCUUAAGCAAGCAAAACAUCACGGUGGCCGGCGAUGCCAUGCACCCCAUGACACCUGAUUUAGCACAGGGGGGUUGCUCAGCAUUAGAAGAUGCGGCGAUCUUAGGCAGGCAUAUUGGGACAUCCUUUAAACAGAACGGACAUGUACUUGUGCCGAAAGAGAUGAGCGAAGUACUGAGCAAAUAUGUGGAAGAACGAAGGUGGCGCGUCGUUUUCUUGAUCGCCGGGUCAUAUAUAUCAGGAUGGGUGCAGCAGGGAGGAUCUGGAUGGGGCAUGAAAUUUCUGAGAGACGCCAUAUUUUACAAGUUCAUUUUCCCUAAGAUGGUGAGCUACGUAAACUAUGUCGACUGUGGAAAACUUGAUUUCUAAUACGAAUAUCAUUCAUUGUACGUGGAGAUCAAUAUCUCCAAUCAGCUAAAAAUGCUUUGAUGAAUGAUGAUUCUUCUACAAGAUCUGCGAUAUUUCAGAUGCAGGGUAUAGAAUAAAAAGUUGGAUACGCCAAGUGUAUGAUCAGCUGAUUAGUGAGACCUAACCCGAGCCAAUAUGUAUUGUAUCAAAAUAAAUAAAUUGGCAAUACCUUUCG